AUGGAGAGCUUGGGCUUGCAAGCAGUGAUCCUUAGUGACGGGACGACAGCCUAUAUUCAGCAGGCUGUCAAAGGUGAGAAGCUGAUUGAAGGGCAAGUCAUUGAACUUGAAGAUGGGACCGCAGCUUAUAUCCAUCAGGUGACUGUUCAGAAAGAGUCUGUGGCUUUUGAAGACGGUCAGCCAGUACUGUUGGAAGAUGGCAGCAUGGCCUACAUACACAACACAGCCAAAGAAAGCUAUGACCCCAGCACCUUCGAGGCCGUCCAGCUGGAGGACGGCUCCACUGCCUACAUACAUCGUCCUGUCAUCGUGCCACCUGGCAGCACCAUCCUGGAAGUGCAGGCAGAAACUGGGCUGGAGGAGUUGGCUGGAGAGGAGGAAGAUGAUGCCUUUGAUGUUGAGACCAUUAAUGCACUGAAGCAGUACGCCAGUAAGGAUUUGCAGGAGGAGGAGGUGCACAGCAGUGAGAAGGGGCAGCAGGUCGGCAGCAGAGCUUUCCGUUGUGGGUACAAAGGCUGUGGCCGCCUCUAUACCACCGCCCACCAUCUCAAGGUACAUGAACGUGCUCACACAGGUGACCGGCCAUAUACGUGUGACUUCCCAAGCUGUGGGAAAGCAUUUGCUACAGGUUAUGGGCUGAAGAGCCACGUGAGAACACAUACGGGUGAGAAACCAUACAAGUGUCCAGAAGACACGUGUAGCAAAGCCUUCAAAACUUCUGGGGACCUACAGAAACACAUCCGGACCCACACAGGCGAGCGUCCCUUCAAGUGCCUCUUUGUGGGCUGUGGCCGCUCUUUUACCACGUCCAACAUCCUCAAGGUCCACAUCCGAACGCACACAGGCGAGCGGCCGUACAUGUGCCCGGAGCCCAGCUGCGGGAGGGGCUUCACCAGUGCCACCAAUUACAAGAACCACAUGAGAAUCCACACAGGAGAGAAGCCGUACAUGUGCACCGUGCCGGGCUGCGGGAAGCGCUUCACGGAGUACUCCAGCCUCUACAAACACCACGUGGUCCACACGCACUGCAAGCCCUACACCUGCAGUAGCUGUGGGAAGACCUACCGCCAGAUCUCCACGCUGGCCACGCACAAGCGCAGCAGCCACGGCGAGCUGGAGGCCACGGAGGAGAGCGAGCAGGCCCUCUACGAGCAGCAGCAGCUGGAGGCUGCUGCUGCUGACAGAAGCUCCCUCCUGAAGAGCCAGCAUAUUGCUUUCCUGUCGGAGAUGGAGGAAGAUGAAAAUGAAGAGGAAGAUGAUGGUCUGCCUCCACAGGUCUCGCUUAUCGCUCAGGAUGGGACAGAGCAGGUCAGUUUGUCCCAGGAAGACCUGCAGGCCCUGGGCAGCACCCUCAGCGUGGUGACGCAGAGCGGUGCCCUCGCCGUGCCCGAGGAGGAGCCGGUGGGUGGUGACACACACACUGUGACCGUGGCCAACGCCGACGGCACCGAGACGCAGCCGGUUACCAUAGUCACUUCUGGAGCAGUCCUGUCUGAAGAAUCAGCCAUCACAUCCCUCUGCCAUCAGCAGGUGGCAUUGCUGGCCACCGCCAACGGCACCCACAUCGCGGUGCAGUUAGAAGAGCAGCAGAGCCUGGAGGAAGCCAUCAGCAUGGCCGCAGCAGCGAUCCAGCACGAACCCAUAACGCUUGACGCAGCCGUGUCCGAGAACGGGUGCUGA